ACAGCAUUCGAAUGUUUGAAAACUUAUUUUGGGAGCACGAAGCUGCUUCUUUAUCCUGAGAUUGGAUCAAUCAACGUGUUUCUCUGGCUUCUCACUACUUGGAAAUUGGCGUUGCAAGCUCUCUCUCUCGUGGACGUCGACGAUUCUUAUGGUGAGAAAUUUGAAACGGGAUCGAACGCUACUGGCAGAAAAUUUCUGUCAACAACACACGUGCGUGAUCGGUAGCACGAGUUUUCUCACAAUUUUUUAUGAAUUAUUUAAUAAUCAAGGUAAAAAAAUAGUUGUUAUCCACGACGUUUGAUAACUCGUUAUUCCCCGUGUGAUAAUGAGUUCUCAAAAGGGAAACACGAAACGCGCGAGGCCUCAGAAAUAUCAGAAUAAUCACGCUUUCAAAAACGACUUGCAUGACAAGUCCCAUCAAACAAAGCGCAUCAAUAACAUUCAAGUAGUGAAUGUGUGCGAAAGGUGCAAGAAAAUCAUAGAAUGGAAAAUCAAGUACAAGAAGUACAAGCCGCUCAAAGCGCCGGCGAAAUGCACAAAAUGCGAACAAAAAGUCAUCAAGCACGCUUAUCACAUCAUGUGCGGCCCCUGCGCUCUUCAUAACAAAGUUUGCCCAAAGUGCGGAGAGAAAGGAGACGUUGUGCCGGAAGAACCCAAAGAAGAAACUUUGAAAUUGGACCGAGAACUCAGAUUGAUUCUGAAAAAAUUACCUGAGAGAAAAAGAAGAACUUUCAUGCGUUAUAUGAACGGAAAAGCAGCUAGGAAAGAAGCUUCGAGUAAUGGCGAAUCCACCGCAAAUGCUAAGGAGCCAGAGGAGGCUGAUAGUUCGGACAGCGAAGAGGAGUCUCAAGACCCGAGGCAACCUCUGACCCGAGACGAUCUAUUGGCAAAGCUCAAUGCAUUAAUGAUCAGCAGCAAAAGGAAUAAAAACGAAGAUGAUGAUGAUGAUUUUGGCAGUGAUUUCGAUGGUGCAAAUAUCACCGAUGAUGAAGAUGAGGAUGAUGAUGAUUAGUUGUGUAAAUAUUAGAAUUACUAAUAAACCCAACAAUGUAAAUAAUCGA